AUGUCGACCAUAUCGGGCACAACGGGAACCACCACAACAGGCACAACGAUAACCACCUCAAGCACAACCUAUAUUUCAACGACAACGUCGUAUGUGUCGACUACCCACACCAUGCCCGCCGCCUGCGACCUAGUGUGUAGCAUGUACGGCAGCAACGCCUCUUGCAUAGACAGCAUCCGGGAUACCGCGGAAACCGACUUUGCCGGGCAGCCAGAAGCCUGUUUGUCUGCUCGUGGCCGGGUGCUUCGCUGGUGCCCGGCGUGCUCGCACUGCCCGCUGGAGAUCACGGGGUGCGUCGACGGGGUGGACGUGCCGUUCGCGCCGGCGGAGGAUGGGCUGCAGCACGCGCCCAAGGACGCGCCGUCCACAGCGGCGGAGGACGCGCCCAAGAACGGUGACGCAUCAGCUGCGCCGUGCGAGACGGAGUGUGAGUUCGAGGGGAAGACCGCCACGUGCGCCGAGCGCGUAGCAUACAACUUCCGCACGAACGCUGACCUGCUCCCCGGCGGACAGUACAACUGUUCCCAGGCGUACCACAACGUCGUCGACCACUGCCCGGUCUGUGCGGCGUGCUACGAGAAGGAGGUCUGCAAGUCCGUCUCCGCGACUACAGGCGACUCGCAGGAGGACAUUUCCUACGAUUGCACAGGUGAGAAAAACCUCAGGGGUUGGACCGAGGAGAAGAGAGCGUGGUGCUGCGAGCACGAGACCCGUGGCUGCGCCAGCUCGACUAGUCCCCUUCCAUUUGAUUGUGACGAAGGGCUUGAGGACGCGGCAUACGGAUGGUCCCCUGAGAAGAAGGACUGGUGCUGCCGGCACAAGGGCCUCGCGUGCCUCGACUGCACCGGCGCGCAGGAGAGGUGGUCCAUACAUCAGAGGCGGUUCUGCUGCAGGCGGAACGGCCGCGGGUGCGCCGAUGGGCAACCUGGUGGCAAGAACGGCUCGACGCAGGAGCUGGAGGAGAAGUACGGCGCGCCUGCCAGGGCCCCGUCCGCCAGUGGAGCCGCAGGCAGCCCGGCAAUGCCGCGCCACCUCCUCGCGGCCGCUGUGCUCUGUGCGGGAGCUCUCUGGUGC